GCUGGUUUCUCAAUAUAUUAUACGCGUGAUUCUGUUGAUGACAGGGCUCAUAUGCACUUUCGUACUUUCUUCCCCUUUGGAGGCCCUCUCACCCUGGUCGCCGGGGCUCAACACGAUAUGUCCUCUCACAGUCGAUCCCUCUUCGUCCCAUCGUCCUACUUCCGAUGCCGCCACGAGGACAAUGUGCAGGCAACGCUGGAUCAGUUUGCUCUGGCUCACUGCGGUGGAUUCCUUU